UCCGGACCCUGCGGCCAGAGUGUCCCCGGCCAUUGGGCGGCCGCUGGCAGGAGAAGCGAACAUUCUCGGGUCCGGAACGAAAGCAGCGCAUGCAGGACUUUUCCGGGGACCCCGAGGCCGCCGCACCGCGCGCCCCGCCCCCCCGCACGGCCACGUCUCCGCCGGAGUGUCCGGGCUGCCGCCGCGGCAGGGUGAGGGUCGCGGGGCCGCGCGCCUCGGGGUUCGGGCCCCCGCCGUGCAAGGGGCGGCUGCGGAGCGGCCCCGUUCCAGUCACCGCGCCGCGGCGGCCUCGGGCCCUCGGCCGCGGCGGAGCCGGCUCUGCGGACACGCGUGCCCGUGGGCCUCCCGAGUGCUGCGUGCCCGGCGGGCGCGGCCCGCCCGAAGCCGUCCGCUGGGCCCUCGAGCGCUGCCCGUGUCUUCAGUUCGGCCCUUGGCAGCUGACGAGCGUGACGCGGUGUCGCGCGGUAUCAUGGUAUUAGCUGGUUUGACCUCAAGCCAUUCGUGAGUCAUUAGAUCUUCUGAAAAUGGGCGGCGCCGUGGGGCCCCUCCUAGGAGCUCGUGGCUGGUGCUGAUGGCAGAAACCCAGCUUGCCUCGGGUUCCCUUGCAGCCCUGCAGCGUCCGCUCAGCAGGUGUCGUCCUGACCAUGGACGGCACGUCGGCCGAGCACGAGGGCCUCCAGGAGGACAGAUCCCACAGCAGCCCCUCGGGUCUCCCCGAGGCUCACCAGAGGUCCCCGGGCCCACUGGUGCCACCUGACCUGCAGGACAGAGCCCAGCGUGCUGAGGUAAACAGAGCUUCCACGGAAGGAGAAAGCCCGGAUGGAGCUGGCCAGGGAGGCCUCUGUCAGAACGGGCCAACGCCACAGUUCCCGGACCCUCCAUUGUCUCUGGGUCCCGUCACAAGCCCAGUGGGCCCUGAUGCCUCUCCAGGUGUGGCUGGUUUCCAUGACAACCUAAGGAAGUCUCAGGGAACUAGUGCUGAGGGCAGUGUUAGAAAAGAAGCUUUGCAGUCUCUCAGACUCAGUCUUCCUAUGCAAGAAACGCAACUGUGCUCUACAGAGUCUUCCCUGCCCCUGGAGAAGGAGGAGCAGGUCCGACUUCAGGCUCGGAAGCGGCUGGAAGAGCAGCUCAAGCAGUACAGGGUGAAGCGCCAGCAAGAGAGAUCCAGUCAACCUGCAGCCAAAACGAGACUUUCUAGCACGCUUGACCCUGAGCUCAUGUUAAACCCAGAAAACUUACCGAGGGCCAAUACCGUGGCUUUGACUAAGGAGUACUCCUUCCUGCGCACGAGUGUCCCUCGGGGGCCUAAGGUGGGCAGCCUGGGGCUUCCGGCACAUCCUAAGGAGAAGAAAAAUUCCAAAUCAAGCAAAAUCCGGUCUCUGGCUGAUUACAGAACCGAAGAUUCAAAUGCUGGGAAUUCUGGGGGAAAUGUGCCGGCUCCCGACUCUGCCAAGGGUUCCCUGAAGCAGAACAGAAGCGGCACGGCGUCUGUCGUGUCUGAGAUCAGCUUGUCUCCUGAUGCCGACGACCGGCUGGAGAACGCCUCCCUGACUGGAGACAGCGUGUCUGAGGCAGACGGAAAUGACAGCGACAGUUCUUCAUACAGCAGUGUCUCCACCCGAGGGACCUACGGCGCUCUGCUGAGGACAACGGGCGCGCAGGACGCCUCCUAUGUGGUUAACGGCCAGGAGAUUGCUGCGGAUACCCUGGGCCAGUUCCCCUCCAUUAAGGAUGUCCUCCAGGCCGCGGCUGCUGAGCACCAAGACCAGGGGCAGGAGGUCAACGGGGAAGUGCGGAGCCGCAGAGACAGCUUCUGCAGCAGCGUGUCCUUGGAGAGCUCUGCUGCAGAAACGCAGGAUGAGAUGCUGCAGGUGCUCAAAGAGAAAAUGAGGCUCGAAGGACAGCUGGAAGCCUUGUCCCUGGAGGCGAGUCAGGCACUUAAAGAGAAGGCUGAGCUGCAGGCCCAGCUGGCCGCCCUCAGCACCAAGCUGCAGGCACAGGUGGAGUGCAGCCACAGCAGCCAGCAGCGGCAGGACUCGCUCAGCUCAGAGGUGGACACCUUGAAGCAGUCGUGCUGGGACCUGGAGCGAGCCAUGACCGACCUGCAGAACAUGCUGGAGGCCAAAAAUGCCAGCCUGGCGUCGUCCAACAACGACUUGCAGGUGGCAGAGGAGCAGUACCAGAGGCUCAUGGCGAAAGUGGAGGACAUGCAGAGGAGCAUGCGCAGCAAGGACAACACAGUGCACGACCUGCGACAGCAGAUGACAGCCUUGCAGAGCCAGCUGCAGCAGGUGCAGCUGGAGCGUGCGACGCUGACCAGCAAGCUGAAGGCGUCGCAGGCAGAAAUCUCAUCCCUGCAGAGCGUCCGGCAGUGGUACCAGCAGCAGCUUGCCCUGGCGCAGGAGGCCCGCGUCAGGCUGCAGGGCGAGAUGGCCCACAUCCAGGUUGGACAGAUGACCCAGGCAGGCCUCCUGGAGCACCUGAAACUCGAGAAUGUGUCCCUGUCCCAGCAGCUGACAGAAACUCAGCACAGGUCCAUGAAGGAGAAGGGGCGCAUUGCAGCACAGCUGCAGGGCAUUGAGGCUGACAUGUUGGAUCAGGAAGCAGCCUUCAUGCAGAUUCAGGAGGCAAAGGCAAUGGUGGAGGAGGACCUCCAGAGGCGGCUGGAAGAGUUUGAAGGCGAGAGGGAGCGUCUGCAGAGGAUGGCAGACUCAGCGGCAUCCCUGGAGCAGCAGCUGGAGCAGGUGAAGCUGACGUUGCUCCAGCGAGACCAACAGCUUGAGGCUUUGCAGGAGGAGCACCUAGACCUGAUGAAGCAGCUCACCUUGACUCAGGAGGGUCUGCAGAGCAGGGAGCAGUCCCUCGAUGCCCUGCAGACACAGUACGACGAGCUGCAGGCCAGGCUGGGGGAGCUGCAGGGUGAGGCCGCCUCCAGGGAGGACACCAUCUGCCUCCUGCAGAAUGAGAAGAUCGUCUUGGAGGCAGCUCUGCAGGCGGCCAGCAGUGGCAAGGAGGAGCUCCAGCAAGGAGCAGGACGCCUGGGGGAAGGUGCCGAGGGAGCGGCGGGGGCGUUAGGGAAGUUGAGAGAAGAGCUCGCCAUCAAGUCCAGCCAGGUGGAACACCUGCAGCAGGAGACUGCCGCUCUGAAAAAGCAGACCCAAAAAAUAAAGGAACAGUUUAUUCAACAAAAGGUGAUGGUAGAGGCCUACCGGCGUGACGCCACCUCCAAAGACCAGCUCAUCAGUGAGCUGAAGGCCACCAGGAAGAGGCUGGACUCGGAGCUAAAGGAGCUGCGGCAGGAGCUCAUGCACGUGCAGGGGGAGAGGCGGGCCACGGAGGCGGAGCUCUCACGCCUGCACAGGGAGGCGUCCCAGGUCCGGCAGCAGAUGGCGGACCUCGAAGGGCAUCUCCAGGCCGCGCAGAAGGAGCGAGACGAGAUGGAGACACACCUGCAGUCUUUGCAGUUCGAUAAGGACCAGAUGGUCGAGGUCACAGAGGCCAACGAGGCGCUGAAGAAACAAAUUGAAGAGUUGCAGCAGGAAGCGCGGAAGGCCAUCACGGAACAGAAGCAGAAGAUGAGGCGGCUGGGCUCGGACCUGACCAGCGCCCAGAAGGAGAUGAAGACCAAGCACAAGGCCUACGAGAGCGCCGUGGGCAUCCUCAGCCGCCGCCUGCAGGAGGCCCUCGCGGCCAAGGAGGCUGCAGAUGCGGAGCUGGGCCAGCUCCGAGCCCAGGGCGGCGGCGCCGACAGCAGCCCGGCUCUACAUGAGAGGAUCCAGGCCCUGGAGGCGGAGCUGCAGACCGUCGGCCAUAGCAAGAUGCUGCUGGAGAAGGAGCUGCAGGAGGUCAUCGCGCUGACCAGCCAGGAGCUGGAGGAGUCCCGGGAGAAGGUGCUGGAGCUGGAGGACGAGCUUCAAGAAUCCAGAGGCUUUAGGAAGAAGAUAAAACGCCUCGAAGAGUCAAACAGGAAGUUGGCUCUCGAAUUAGAGCAUGAGAAAGGGAAGCUCACGGGCCUCGGCCAGUCCAACGCAGCUCUGCGGGAGCACAACAGUGUCUUAGAAACAGCUUUGGCCAAGAGAGAGGCGGACCUAGUGCAGCUGAACCUCCAGGUGCAGGCAGUUUUGCAGCGCAAAGAGGAGGAGGAUCGCCAGAUGAAGCAGCUGGUCCAGGCCCUGCAGGCCUCGCUAGAGAAAGAGAAGGAGAAGGUGAACAGCCUUAAGGAGCAGGUGGCUGCUGCCAAGGUGGAAGCUGGGCACAGCCGCCGCCACUUCAAGGCGGCCUCCUUGGAACUGAGUGAGGUGAAGAAGGAGCUGCAGGCCAAGGAACACCUGGUGCAGAAGCUGCAGGCCGAGGCCGACAGCCUUCGGAUUCGGGAGGGGAAACAUUCCCAGGAGAUAGCACAGUUCCAGGCAGAGCUGGCUGAGGCCCGGGCGCAGCUCCAGCUCCUACAGAAGCAGCUGGACGAGCAGCUCAACAAACAGCCCGUGGGAAACCAAGAGAUGGAAGAUCUCAAAUGGGAGGUGGAUCAGAAAGAAAGAGAAAUCCAGUCCUUGAAGCAGCAGCUGGACUUGACGGAGCAGCAGGGCCGAAAGGAACUGGAAGGGCUCCAGCAGCUGCUGCAGAAUGUCAAGUCUGAGCUGGAGCUGGCCCAGGAAGAUCUGUCCAUGACCCAGAAGGAUAAAUUUAUGCUCCAGGCAAAAGUGUCGGAGUUGAAGAACAACAUGAAGACCUUGCUCCAGCAAAACCAGCAACUCAAGCUGGAUCUGCGUCGCGGCGCAGCGAAGACGAGGAAGGAGCCGAAAGGCGAGGCCAGCUCCUCCAGCCCCGCCACGCCCAUCAGGAUCCCCGACUGCCCCGUCCCGGCCUCACUGCUAGAGGAGCUGCUGCGGCCCCCGCCCGCCGUGAGCAAGGAGCCCCUCAAGAACCUGAACAGCUGCCUCCAACAGCUCAAGCAGGAGAUGGACAGCCUGCAGCGCCAGAUGGAGGAGCACGCACUCACCGUGCACGAGUCCCUGUCCUCAUGGACCCAGGCGGAGGGCAGACCCGAAGAGCCCGCCACUGCCAGCCCUGCACCCCCUGGGGAUCAUGCCAGCCCCCGGGGUGACACUCAGAGACACAGCCCGAGCAGGGUUUCCAAAGAAGGGCCGGGACAGUGACCGCCGCAGGCCCGCGUGUGCUGCUGCCCAGGAAUGCUCUUAGCAAUGUUAUUUAUUUGAUUGUGUGAUCCAUGUUUUUCUGAGAGAUGGAAUUUAACAAGGAGUAAAGUGUGUAACAGAACAAGAGCUGAGGAUUAGAAACGCACUCGAAGAUCACAAGUAGCUUUUCCCACGGAAUGACCAAAUCUUCCAAGCCCGGGAGGCGCUCGGUGUGGAGUUUCUGCUGUGUCCGGAGGCCACGUGCCGGAGGACCUGUCCGGUGCUGCUCCCUGUGGGGUGCUGCGGUGGCGGGGAGCAGCUCUGCGUGACGGAGCCUGUGGUACCAGCACCACACGCUUCCCUGUCCAUUCAGCAAGGGCUUACUUUGCAGGUGAAAUUUUAUUUGCACCUUUGGCUUUUUACUUUCCUGGUUUUUUUGAGAGCCAUCCCACCACAGGAUGUGUACAUAGACACUGAAGAUCGUAACCCAAGCUUUGUUUUGGAGACAGAGUUCUGCUCUGUCACCAGGCUGGAGUGCAGUGGC